AUGAGCCUUGCAGAGUUUGCAAUGUUGUUUGAACUAUUCUAUCCGAAAAAAGUAAGCGAAACUGAGGAAAGUGUUGAUCACGACGCGUAUGAAGAAUUUCGUAACACACGUCGUCCACUCAUUACGCUAUUAGAUAAGAGCAAAAUGGUUGUGAGAAAGGUUCCCGCAGUUGUUAGGGUGCCAUAUUUUAUAGCAACAUCAGAUCCCGACAACUUUUUCUAUAGCUUACUUCUUCAAUAUAUGCCUUAUCGUUUGGAAACUGAUUUACUUGAGGGUUUCGAUAAUGCAAAAGAGGCGUUUUUACAUCGAGAGAAUCGUUUGAAGGAAAUGAGCAGGUAUAAGCGCCAAUUUCGAGAGCGUGACCAACAGCUUGAAAAUGCAUUCAAUCAGAUACAUGCAUUUGAAAUUUUAGAACAGCCAGAGAUUAUAAAUCCUGAAGUUAUAGAAGAAGAAUUACCGGACACAGAAAUGAGCAAUGAUCAAUUUCAAAGAGCACAGCACGCUAUGAAUAUUGAUCAAAAACAAUUGUUUACUGUCAUUACAAAGAGUAUUAAAAAUCAACUUAAUGGUGAUAUUAAACGAGAUAAAAUUUUCGUCACAGGUGGAGCAGGCACCGGAAAAACUCUUCUCUUUAAUGUAUUGAAAAAACAAGUUAACCGAUGUUAUGGAAAAUUGGUCGUGAAAGUUGGUGCUCUUACUGGAGUUGCAGCACGGUUGGUCGGAGGUUCUACACUACACAGCCUGUUGAAACUACCAGUACAAAAAGAUGGCGUCAUCAUUAACAUGCCACUUCUUACGGGAAAUUAUUUAAGAGGGAUGCGCCAGUUAUGGCAAAACGUUGAGCUUCUGUUCAUAGAUGAAAUUUUUAUGGUGCCUUAUGAAAUUCUUUGCAUGAUCGACUCUCGUUUGCGCCAACUAAAGAGACAGGACGCUUGCUUUGGAGGUAUAAAUGUCUUACUCUUUGGUGAUUUAAUGCAGUUACCACCUGUCCGAGGACAUCAAGUAUUUCAACCGCCAGAACAUAUGAAGAAGACAUUUGUGGCGAACAUGCGUCAACAAGAAGAUACGACAUUUAUGGAUGUGCUUAAUGCUUUAAGAGUUGGAAAGUUGACGUCGAAGCAUUUUGAAGUUCUUCCUGAAAAAGUGUCAACAGAUACCACUGAAGAAUUCUCAAUUGAGAAAGCUUUAAGGUUUACCCUACUAAAGACCAAGUUGUUAUACAUAAUGAAAUAG